UUUUUCAAGAUCAUAAUGCAGCAGAAAAAUGAAAAGCCAUAGAAGACAUUUGCUUUGGAAAAGAAGUCAGUUGCUGGCCCAAUCUGGAAGAUGGACCGCUGUUUUUGGGAAGCUUGGGAAAUACUGCUUCCAAAAGCAAUUUUUCCUAACUUAGAAGAAAAUACAGAGUACUCAGCUAUUUGUGAGUUUAAAUCCCAACAAACUGUACAGAAGACUGCAGUGCAUAAGGAAGACACUUGAGCUCCAAAGCAGGUGGGCUCCUCAUGUGCUUCUAAAUGCAGAAUCCUGUCCAAAACCUACUUUUGAAUCAUACAGCUUUUCUUACAAAACUACUGAGAGCAAAAAGAUCCUGUCCCUAUUGCAGAGCCGAAAGCCCAUCUGGAGAAGCAGUAAGGAAACUCAACAAUGAACCCUUUGAGAGUGAAGAUCCCUUGAAUGAAGAAUUUGAAACCGUUGCUGUUCCUAAUAGCAUCUCUGGCAAUAUCCAUUAUGUCUCAUGUGGUCCCCUGGAAGGUUCUGCCUUACCUGUAAAGGCAGGUGGUUUUGUAUAUAGCGGGGAGGAGAGCAAUAAUGGUGAGGGCAACACAGUCCUGGUAGUUUUAAACAACUAUAAAAGGAAAUGCUGUUGCAAAGGGAGUGGAAUGGAACUUGUGGCCCCUUGACAACUCUGAAGAGGUCCAAAUUUAACCAUCAUACUGUAAAAAAGAGAUUUUUAUUUAUGAUGCAUAAGAAACUUUCUAUGGUUAGGUUUCGGUAUAGAAUCAUAAAAUCCCCGAAACUUCGAGCAAGAGGCAAAACUUGCAAACUGAGAAAAAUCAAGCCAAGGUGGGUGAAGAAAGCUACAAGGGACCAUCAAGAGACGCUUCAGUGGGAUUUUGAAAGUGGAUUGUGUAAUUGGUUUUCCUACUGGAAAUCUAAAAGUAGCCAUCUUUGGAACCGGUACAGCUUAUCAGAUAUGAACAAUAAUACACCCAAAUCUUUAGGUGAGGAGAAUGAAAUCUGUGCACCCGAGAUCUGCCAUACGCAGGACGCGUUGCCGUCUGCUGAGCCGUGUUCUGAGGGUCCAGGAUCCGGAGGGCAGGAUGGCGGUGUGGAUGCUGUCCCACCAGAACUGCGUGUUAGAGCUUCUCCAGAGGCAGAGGCCUUGCACCAGGUGGAGACCAAUGGGGCUCUGUCAGAGAAUCAUUGUUCUGACAUUUUUGUCCCCGCAACAGAAAAACAAAUUGCUGUUUCAGAUCAAGAUGGUGCAGAAUCCAAGGAGGUUAUGGGUGUAGAUGGAAUGACACUGUCGCAAUCCUCUGUGCAGGAUUCUGUUGUUGAUGAUAAUUUUGCUAAUGGACCUUUAUCCAUGGAGCUGACACAAAAUGAGGACAGCUCUAGCCAAAUGGAAGUAGAGGGCUCCUUGGACAUUUUUAGUUCAAAAUUACUAGAUCACCCUUACUGUAAAAGUCCUCUCGAGGAGCCUUCACCGGAAAGCACAGGACUGAAAUCAGGAACUCGGAAGGGAGGCAAAAGGAACAGUCAGAAAGCUUCACGGGUGACUGAUGAGCAGUUGGCAACGUGGCUUUGUGGAUUCCUAGAUGAAGUUAUGAAGAAAUAUGGCAGUUUAGUACCACUCUGUGAAAAAGAUGUCAUGGGAAGAUUAAAAGAAGUCUUUAAUGAAGAUUUCUCCCAUAGAAAACCUUUUAUCACCAGGGAAAUCAUGAAGUAUCGGGAAAAACAUCCAAAACCCUCCACUUGCAAUUUCCGGGUCUUCUAUAAUAAGCACAUGCUAGAUAUGGAUGAUUUGGCUACACUGGAAGGCCAGAACUGGCUGAAUGACCAGAUAAUUAACAUGUAUGGUGAACUCGUAAUGGAUGCAGUCCCUGAAAAGGUUCAUUUCUUUAACAGCUUUUUUCAUAGACAGCUCGUAACCAAAGGAUAUAACGGGGUAAAACGAUGGACUAAAAAGGUGGACUUAUUCAAAAAGACUCUCUUGUUAAUUCCUAUUCACCUGGAAGUCCACUGGUCCCUCAUUACUGUGAACAUCCCCAGUCGAAUUAUUUCAUUUUAUGAUUCCCAAGGCAUUCAUUUUAAGUUUUGUGUAGAGAACAUUCGAAAGUAUUUGCUGACUGAAGCAAAAGAGAAGAAUCGCCCCGAGUUCCUUCAGGGUUGGCAGACUGCUGUGACAAAGUGCAUUCCACAACAGAAAAAUGACAGUGACUGUGGGGUUUUUGUGCUCCAGGAGACUGAGGAUCCUGUGAUCCAGCCCAAGAACUUCUAUGGAACUUCUAUGGCACUAUUCCUGCCCCUGCCAAGUCCCAGCCCUCCUCAGGCUGAAUUUUGGCACGUUCCUCCCUUUCCCUUUCCUUUGUGCAAUUUUCUUCUCUCUUCUCUCCUUUCCUGGGAUUGGAAGAGUUUGCACAUGCAAUAUGAGUCACCUUGACUGCUGCAAGGUGCAAAGGACAGAGAGAGCUCUGUUCUCCUGGCAGUUCCAGUUGGGGCUUGGAUAAAUCCUCUGAGUUGUCAGUCAGCAAAGGCGAGCUCCUUGUUCAGCACGGGUGACCCAGGAGUUUCAGAAGCUCAAAAUAUUGCACAACUUGGAAGAAUUAUCACUGGGAAAAUUACUGUAGCACCCGAGGGGAAUUCAGCUCUCCACCACAAAUGCGGAGGCAUUCAAGCUUCUCCUUGAAGCGGCUGCAAAAAUUUCUUGAUUUGGCCAUUUUUGUUUUCCAGAACCUCAUUCAGCACAUUGGCUGAAAUCUUCCUGGCCCGGGUUGUGCCCCCAGCUCCGGGGGAUUUUCUUAUUUUUGAAAACUCCAGCUAAAUGCUGGCAGAGUUAUAAGGAAUUGAGGGAAGCUCUUAAAAUGGAAAAUGUUGGGCAAGCCCAAAUAGCUUUGGAGCAUGUGGCAUGGUGAGGAGAACCUCCUUGAUGGAGACUGGGCUCCCUCGUGCUGCUGUCUGCUGUGCUCAGCCAGGCACAGCACAGAUGGGCUCUGAGCAUGGAAGGAUGCUCCUGCCCCCAUUCCAAAUGAGAGCAUCAAAUAGUAGGGUACAGCAACACCAAACCUGCUUCCCAAUGCACUUCUUUGCAGGGAGGUGCUGGGUAGCAGUUAAGGGGGACCUAUCCAGCUCACUGCCAUGUCCGGGUUCCUUCCACAUCCGGACUUCAGCCCUCAAAGGAUGAGUUGCACCACAUAUUUGAGCCCACGGCAAGGUCCCCCUCUGUGCUUCCCUUGCAAAGAAUGAAAUAACCUGGAAGCUGUUGGUCUCUGGAAGCAAUUUAGCAUGGGACGUGGCUAUUAAUUUAAAUAGAUUACAGAAAUUUGAACUAAGCUGCAUAUAAAUCUUCUGACCAGUUCUUUAGG